GUAGCUUAGUAACAUGGUAUUACAAUCUUGUCCUCCCAACUUGUAAAAUUACUUGGUGCAUCUCCUCUUCUCCCUGUUCCUCCACUUCCUUUCUCUCUCCUCACUCCCACCAAAACCCACCGUCACUCCCUUACCUCACUGGUCAUCCACCAUCAUCAGGCAGGUAAAUACCUCCAUUUAAAAAAAAAGCCCCCUUCUCUUCUCCAAUUUCUCUCUCCUAGGGUUUAGUUCAGUUCACCCACCCUAAUUUUCGCUCAUUAACCUUAAUUCUUCAUAAAUUACUCCCGAAUUCCUCCUGCAAUUCUUCAUCACAAGCACUCAUCAAUGGCGAUUUUUCCAGACAUGAAUAUUCUCUCCGUUCACCGCCGAUUGUCAGAAGAGCGAUUAUCUUCUUCAAGUUUCUCUCUCCUUCGUAUUUCCGGCGCAUAGGAAAACUCGAUGGCAAGGGAUCUUGUUUUGCAUAUGAUCUUGAUGGGAAAGUAAUACCGGAAAUAUACUCAUCGCCAUAAAUCCAUUUCAAAGACCGCCUCAUCUAUAUGAUUCUCACAUGAUGCAACAAUACAAAGGGGCACCAUCGAGAGAUCCAAGCCAUCAUGUUUUUGCAGUUGCUGAUGUUGCUUGCAGGGCUUUGAUAAACGAGGGGAAAAGCAACUCCAUUCUUGUAAGUGGCAAAAGUGGAACUGGUAAAACUGAGACUACCAAGCUCCUGAUGCGAUACGUUGCUUAUUUGGGAGGCCGUUCUUCAACUGAAGCGCGCACAGUAGAGCAACAAGUUCUUGAAGUCUACGAUAACAAUGUUGAAGGAAAGAAGAUGUGUUAUACCAUUAAUGGGGAGAAUCUUUUCAAUAUCGAAGACGAUGAAGUCAAGAAGAAUGUAUUUCUAUUUGCGGUUGCCGAGAGAUUCAGAGAUUUCAAGGCUAAGGUAGUGUCUGGUGGAUCACUAAGCGGAGGAAAGUAGUAGGUACAAAGAAGAAGAAAAUCUACGGCGGAGAAACGCCAUCCCGUUUUCGGGCUUCACCAUAUUCAUCAUUCAAACCCUCCAAAUUUCCAUUUUAGAUAUGGAAAACUAUCAAACUUGAAGAGUGGGAAGCAUUUGUUGCCAAAAAUACUAUCCCACAAGCUACUGUAAAAAUAUUUUAUUAAUAUUUACUACACUUAGCUCCAAUAUCAUUGUAUAACACCGUAAUAGACCUUUGUUUUUUAUUGUAUGGUUUACGCAAGACGUGAGAAAAUUAGCGCGAGUGCAAAAGCAAAGAAGUAUUAUCAUCAUUUGGGUGCUCAUUCGUACAAUGAGGCGAGAGAGAAAUGUAUGUUCACACAUUACCCCACAAUGGGGUCGACAAUGGCAACAGGGACGAGCUCUACGAUCAUAGUUACAUAGGCUCGACAACCAGGUAGAGUCCUCGAUUGAGGGUGUUCGAUGCAUGGGGCUUUUGCAAAGGGGAAAAAGAGUUUUGCUUGAUCCCGGUACAGAGCAGAUAGCCAACACCACUAUAAGUACACAAAAAAUGUUCUUUUCUUGUAUUCCCAGUGAUGUAACCACAAUU